AUGACGCAGAAUGAUGGAAACGCACUUGUAACUCCAAUGAGAGCUGUAGCAAUGAAAAGCGAGAACACGGACAUUACUAUGUAUGGCAACAAAAAUCAUCUUUCUGACGACGAUGUUGGCUCCGGGAACCUCAGGAACGAAAAUCUUGCCAAAUCAGUGAAAUACGAGUCACCUCGGAAUCACCCAACGAUCUACAAAACUGCUAAUCAGUGCACGAAAGUGACACAUCCUCGCCGAGCAAGCCUGACACGGGGAUCGGGACCGGUUCGACUCCGGCUCGGUGAGGCGACGAUUUAUGAAGCCAUUUGCCUUUCUGGUAGAAUGUGCAUGACGGUAGAACUCUACCGAGUGGCGGAUAAUUCGAAUGAAUUCUACGAAUGUGCACCGCUGGCUCAGGAAGAGGCGACCGAAUAUAAUCUGACCGACAAGUACUUGGGUGUUUGGAAUUUACGGGGCUGCCCAGAAUCCUAUGAGUUUGACGUAGUACGUCAAAAAUGUCUGGAAACAAGAACGGUACGACGUCAACAAACCACUUGUGUUCAGAACCCCUCUACUGUUGAUUGUCAGGUACCUUGCAGUGGUGCAUUAUCGGAGCCAAUUAUUGGAUCACCGUGUGAUUGGAAAGAAGCUGCUUUAAAACUGGAUCCUACAAGUAAUGCCCACUUCAUACAGUGCUCUCCACAAUCGUCCAGUGCAGCAUGCGGGGAAUGGACACGUAUCCCAUGUGCCCCGAACACAAUAUUUUCUCCUUCUUCGUCUAUAUGCGUAUCGAUGGCAGUAGACAGGUCAGUAUGUGAACCACAACAAGAAGCAGUGUGCAGUUGUUCUCAGACAACGGGUGCAACUCAGUGUCCUGGAAUAAGUAGGUGUACAAAGAAUGUUUGCUGCCAGGAGAAAGAAGUCCUUGACAAUUUUAUUCAGCACCAAGCACCGCUGUGUCCAGGAGCCAACGUACCGCCACUAGCGUCUUGUAGCCAGCCUUGUCCACAAUAUUCUGCUUGCGCCUCAGGAAUCGGAUGCUGCCCCGUUCCCGUAAAUCAGCCGACUCAAACGAUUCAGAUUGCUUUGUGUCCGGAUUCCUUGUCAUCUCCAUUAGGCCCGUGCGGUUCAUGCCCAGUUGGAGCAUCAUGCAAUACAGCUAUAAAUGCCUGCUGUCCAGUUGUGACUCGACCUUCAAUUGAUUUUGUUUACAACGUUUUCCAGCUAUGUCCGAACGGUGCGCCGGCUCAGCAACCGUGUUCCGCAGGAUGUCCACCAAAUAAUGGAUGCUAUCAAGGAGCCUGCUGUCCUAUGAUCUGUCCUGUUGGCCAGAUUGCACUCGGUUUCUGCACAACUGGUGGUUGUGCAAGUGGGUCAUGUUACCUGCCAGGUGGUUGUUGUUGUCAAGAAGUAGUUAAACUCCCAGUUUGUGCUAAUGGUCAGCAAUCACAACGCAGAUGUUUGGUAGAUCUGGAAUGUGGUCCGCGAAUGGAAUGUUCGAACGGAGGAUGUUGCCCAAUGCCUUUUUGUCCCACAGGAAUACAGGCACAGAUGCGUUGUGCACUUCAUAAUAUGGUGUGUCCCACAGGAUAUGUUUGCCUGGAAGGACUCUGCUGUCCUCUGCCCCGAUGUCCAAACGGAAUUAUCUCACUAGGUGUUUGUACUAUAUCAUUGGAUUGUGGCAGAAUGGGCGUGGAAUGCGCAAAUGGAGCUUGCUGCCCUCUACCUACGUGUUCUAAUAAUAUUGUCUCAAUCCAAAGAUGCGCUCUCGGUUGUGCAAACUGUUGCCCGAUUGGUCACUCAUGUAUGAAUGGCGGUUGCUGUCCGUUACCACUAUGCCCCGCAGGAGGUCUCGCUCUUUCCCUUUGUGGUGGUGCUCGUUCCUGUCCCAUCGGCAUGGAAUGUGUCGGCGGCGGUUGUUGUCUGCUUCCUCGUUGUCCUUCUGGACUUCAGCCAACACAGCGUUGCCAAAUGGGCAUCGGAUGCGCCCGUGGACAUCAAUGCGAAAACGGAGUUUGUUGUGCAAUGCCAGUAUGCUCGACGGGGUUGAUUGCAGCUUCAGUGUGUGGUAUAGGUAACAGCUGUCAAAUAGGAUUCGUUUGUGAAGGGCGAGGUUGUUGUCAAGAACCACCACCUCCUUGUCCUAACGGUGGUCGUGCAGUUCAGAGAUGUAACCGCGGUGCAGACUGUCCACCAGGGUUUGGGUGUACACAGCUAGGAGGGUGUUGCUUGCUUUCUAUGGAACCGGUGUGCCCAACACAGUCGAAUGCCAUAUGUCAGUGUUCACCAAACAGUGCCUGUCCGACGGCUCUGGCACUCUAUAGUCAAAUUCCUGGCUCUAAAUGUCAAGCUUCGACGCAAUGCAACGGAUAUUCAACAUCAUGUUCGCAAUGUACCCAAGGCAUAUGUGCGUGUGUUAACGGAGCAGCAUCGAAUGGUGCCAGCUGCAUUCAAAUGUCUCCACAGAUUCUGACAUUGGCAAGAAAUGGAUGCGAUCAGUAUGGAUCCCCAUGCACCGUGCUUUUAUCGACAGCCCGUCGACGGCCUAUAGUAGCUCCAGUUGGAAAUAACACUGAGAAACCGCUCUUCUUCAAUGUUGCAACCGAGCGCAGAUGUGUGGCAAAUAGAACGAAUUUGGACUUUGAUCCAGACAACACUUGCUUGCCAAAUGAGAAAUGUAUUAACGGAGAGUGUAAAACGAAACUAUGGCCUGGUGAGUAUGGUUGCAAUACUGACGAAGAGUGUACGUCUCGUUGUGAAAACACAUAUUGUGAAAAAAUGAAGAGCGACAAAAAUGUGGCACAGUGUCAGUGUCGCAACGUUUCACAAUGUCCACACGGCUUCCAUGAAUCAGGAGCCUAUUGUGUGCAUGACGAUGAGGAUAUGUUUUGGACUGAUGGCGAUGCUCAGGAUAGAUUGAAAGCCUUACUCAAUGCAGGGGAUUGUUGA